UAACUAACCAUUGAAUCGAUUGAAGCGAUCAACUGAUCCAACAAAGACAACAACAACAAGACAUUCAAAGUAACCGAUAGUUAGUCAGCGGCGGCGGCGGCGGCGGACAUAAAAAAUGUUGGCCACCAAUGAUGAUAAUGACCACCAAAUCAAUGACCACAACAACAACAAUGACCUAUACUUUUGUGUCUUAUGCGAUACGAUUACCGCUGAUGCGGACGAUAUGCGCCAACAUUUACGACAACACGUGUUGUUGACCGACACUACCGCAGCCGAAGCCGAUGAUGACAACAACAACGAUGACAACGAGUUGUCCGACGAAAUUGUUGACUAUUUUGUCGGCCGUUUUGUUCAAUAUCAGUACCGAUUGAAUCGCAGUCUAAGCGCCGGUGGCGGUGGCGGCCGAUCGUUGUCGUCGUCCAUAAAACGAUUGCCCGAAUCGGGUCCGCAAAUCCUAUUCAAAGGCUGUCCAGUUUGUGACGCCAUUAUCCGAUGUCAUCAGUUGUUUGCGGCCAAUAGUCAGUCAAACGAGUUGUCGUGCAGUUGUCGCCGCACUAAAUCACGGCCACCGUCGGCUGCGGCGGCGGCGGCAACCAUUAACUCAUCGGACAAACGAUACAUUGCUUUUGUAAUGGCCAACAGCGAGACUACCGCUGCUGCCAAAAGAUCAGACAUCGAGUGUCCAAAGUGUUCAUCAACGGCGGCGGCGCCGAUGUCGACGGCCUUCAAGAUCUCUGAACUAAUUGACGAACCGUUUGACGUCCGACGGCAUCACUGCUAUCAACACUUGUCGUACUAUCCGUUUGUUUGCCAGUUUGUCGUCGACGACGACGACGACGACGGCGGCAGCGGUGGCGGUCACUACUGUGGCCGACGGUAUUUCACUUACAAGUCCAGUGCCAAUCACUUGCGAUCCGAUCACAGUCUAGUGUUUGACAACACAGUGGCUGAUGAACUGAUUGGCCAACACUUUGACUACAAGACAAUCGAUUUGCUCGAAGAUCUUAUCGAUCGGUCACUGAAUCCCAAAUGUAUGGCCACUGCUGCUGCUGUUGGAUCACCGAUAUCACCGACACCAUCACUAUCUCAAGUAUCCUAUAGUGGUAGCCAACAAUCGGACAGCAGUUGCGGUAUAGUGGCCGUCAAAGGUACCGAUUGUUUUAUGGCCAACAUUGGACUGUUUGCCAAUAAUAAUAAUAAUAAACAUUCGGCUGCGGCGGACAACAUAGACAAUGGUUUGUAUUGGCGUGAAAAUAACGACCCGAACAACAACAACUUGUUUGCCAUCUAUGGCUGUCCACAGUUGUUGGCUGCCGACGGCGGCAGCGCUAAAACAACACCGAAAAAUCGUAGAUACCUUACAGUGACCAACAAUAGUAGUCCCGCCGUAACCAAUAGCUCGAUAACUUCAACUACUACUACUACUACUGCAAACGGCAGUAGACUAUCGCCGCCGGCCAUAAAGAGACGACGACUACUAUUGUCCGAUAAUAGUGGCCAACAAUCACAACAACAACAACGUUGGUGUUUGUCUAAUACCGCUGCCACCGCUACCAGUGAUGUCUAUAAAUUUGACGACAACAACGAUGAUAGCGAUGUUGUUGGCGGCGACGGCAUUGGCGCCGUCGGCAACGAUGACAACCAGUCGUCAAUUGCCGAUUCAAUUGAUUUGUCCCAUAAUAUCAACUAUUUAAACUGGUUUACCGAAACUCGGCGAACAAAAACACCGUACUUUCCGCAAAACGACGACACCGUCUACUAUAUACCCUAUGGUCACGAACUAUACAGGUCGGCAGUACUCAAGCGAAACAUUUACGGUUUGGCCAACAAUAACCAAUCGCUACGCUAUUGGCGUACGGCUGCCAUCGAAUCGAAAGUUGCGAAAAUUGAUUUUGAAUUCAAAGAAUCCAAACACUAUCGGACAGUUGUCCGCUGUGUUUACAUAACUCUUAGGCCAAUGAACCCGACCUACGGUCUGGUCAUUCAUGUCAAGUAUCACGACCUGCCAGUAGUCGACGAUUUUGUUGUACUCAAAGAACACUACGAAUGCGGUCAGCGAAUAGAUUGGAAGAUUGGCCAUCAGGUUCGGGCAGUACGUGGCGGCGGCGGCGGCGGCCAAACCUAUUGGCGCGGUAUUGUUGUCGGUUUUGAUUGGCAACCGUACAAUCUGGUCAGCCGUUUCCGUAGUCUACGUGUCCAGUGGUUUGUCGAUCAGACAGUCAGUCUGAUGAGUCCGUGGGAUCUGGAAAUGAUUGUCAAUGAGGACAACAAAAACGAUGAUGAUCAGGACACUGAGCAGCCGUCCUCUGGCCACCAAUCGGAUGUGGACUCAAUGGUGCCGAUCACCGAUGAAGAUAGAGACCGAUUUUUUACCAGCGAUCCCAACGAAUGGCCAAAUUUCGAUGAAAAACGUGAACUCAAACGACUGGCCACUGGUCUGAAAAUUAUACUAAUGAUGGACAAAACCCAAGAGUUCCCGAUACUGGCCGAUCUGACCGACAAUCGCUAUCGGGAAAAGAUACUCUAUCCGAUCGAUCUGAAAACAUUGAUAGCACGGGUAGAAAAUCGCUACUAUCGCCGCCAUUCGGCCAUCAAAUACGAUAUCAAAUUUAUGGAAUCAAACAUUCGCAAACUGGUCAAAAGUGUCCGCCGCGAUCCCGACUAUCGAUUUGACGCCGAGAUUGGCCGCCGACUUAAAUAUCAUACAAAGUUUGUCGUAGCCUUAGCCCUGCUGUUCAUCGAUACCCGCGACUGCCGUAAUCCCUAUGAUUUAUAUCAUAAUAUUGACGAAUAUUUGGAAACUCACGACAUUAAGUUCUAUUCGGCCAAACGGCCGAACAUGAAUCGGCCGACCAAACGAACACAUCGACCAAUUCGAUACAAACGGCUGCCGCCGCAGCCAUCCAAACAACAGUUGCCGCAAAGUUUUGGUGUAUCGUCGAAAAAGUUACGUAUCUAUCAGGCAUUGGCCAAUACAGGUGCUAGUGGUUCGGGUUUGGGUGGUCAGCAGCAGCGGCAUAGGUCAUCGACAUCAUCAUCACCAUCACCACAAUCACCAUUUAUGGUGACCAUCAAUAGCCGACAAUUGACGGCGACACCGAUUGUCAACAAGAAGUUGCAUCAAAAUCGUUGUAAAUCCGAAUCAAAACCAAAGUCCAGACCACCACCACCGGUAUUAUCGGCGGCCGUCACGAAAUCGACCGCAAAAUCGGGUAAUAAUAAUAAUGAUAAUAAUGUUAAGAAGCGGUCAAAAUCGAUGAAUGAUAUUAAUAACAACAACAACAGCAACAAUACCACUGCCGAUGACUAUGAAGACGAAGACGACGAGACAAUGACUUCUUCUUAUAGUAAAACUAUUUAUGCUUUCGAUAGCACUUCCAGUGAGAGUACUAUUGAUUUUCAAGUGCCAAACGAUUUACAAAUGUAUAGCUCGGAUGUUAGCGUUUCACUAAAUGAGUACAACUAUCCCCUGUUAAGUGAUACUACCGGUGAUGAUGACGAGGACAACAAUGGAGGAGACGGUAGUAGUAGUAGUGAUGAUCCAGACUUCAAGCUAACACACUAUCAAAAGGAAAGGUUUUAUUUUUAA